AACAUGUCAGAAUUGGUAAACCUUAUGAAUCGGAUCCUAGAUUAUAAUUAAUUAAAUCAACCCUUUAUUAAUAUUAUAGCCCUUUUUCAUUUCGAUCUUUUUUUGAAGCUUCUUUCAUUGCUCUCACUUGGAUUUGCAAUCAACCAUGGCUGACGAGAUUGAACUUAAGACUGCCCCAGCUGAUUUCCGGUUCCCAACAACCAAUCAAACAAGGCACUGUUUCACACGCUACGUUGAGUUUCAUAGGUGUGUUGCUGCAAAGGGUGAUGAGGCUGUUGACUGCGAUAAAUUCGCAAAAUACUACCGUGCACUUUGCCCUGGUGAAUGGGUCGAGAGGUGGAACGAGCAGAGGGAGAACGGGACUUUCCCAGGCCCUCUUUAAUUAAAACAUUGGAUCGCAGCAUCCUUUUGGUUCAUGCAAUAUUGGUUUCCAUUUAAUGUUCUUUUUUGAAAGGUGAACCUGGUUUAAUUUUCUUUUGAAUUGUCAAAGGAGUCAAUAAGGAACUUCUUCCUAAUUGUUGUUGAAAAGCCUUGGAGCUGUAUACAGUUUCUCAGUUUUUAUUUUUUGGAUGUUUGUUCUUAUUCAAAGUUCAAAGACAUGGUUUCUUCUGCUUC